CGGAUGGGAUUCAAGGGCGGGCGGCCGAGGAGGAGGAGGGCGUGAGCCCGGCCGGCGAGAGCGGCGCCUGCAGCCAAGCUGCCGUGAAGCUCUGCGUCUCCCUGCGGGUCCCGCAGACCAUCCCCAUGGACCUGCGGAUUGGACAGCGCCUCGCCAAACCCGGCCCCGACACUGCCUUGCUGGCCCUGAAGCAGACCCAACAGCUGCAGCACCAGCUUUUCCUGGCUAGCUUGCACCACCAGCAAGUGGAACAACUCACCCACCAGCACCUGCAGGUGCCGAUGGAGCCUCCGCCCCAAGAGUCUGCAUCUGGGAAGCAGGAACAGGAGCUGCGGCUGCUCUUGAACAAAGACAAAAAUAAACGUAGUGCUGUGGCGAGUAGGGUCGUGAAGCAGAAGUUGGCUGAAGUCAUCCUGAAAAAACAGCAGGCCGCUCUAGAAAGGACCAGUGCUCCAGUCAUGCCAUACAGGUCGUUGGAGCCGAUGGAACCCGAAGGACCGGCCGCUCCGGUCCUCCCCAGCUUCUUCCCUGCCAUCGCCAACAGCUCCGGAGACUCCCCAGAGCACUUCCCGCUAAGGAAAACAGCCUCGGAGCCCAACCUCAAGUUGCGCUAUAAGACCAAGAAGGCAGGCGAGCGGCGCAAGAACCCCCUGACCCGCAAGGAGAGCGCCCCUCCCUCUUUGAAGAGGCGGCCGACUGAAGCUAUCGACUCUUCUCCCAGUAGCAGCAGCACCCCGGUGUCUGGGUGCAGUUCGCCCAACGACAGCCUAGUGCCAGAACACGGGGCCCUGCCAGCUGCAUCAGGACUCACGCAAGAGACCCCGCUAGCUCAACGCCUGAGAAUGCAGGAAAGUUCAUUGGCCCAGUUUGCGCUUCAGACCACCGGCUCCCUCCCAGCUCUCACCCUGGGGCUACCGGCCACUUCCAUGACAUCCUCCAGGGGGGAUGGAGAUCAUCGGACACUCCCAGGCCUGGCGCACAAGGUGUCCGUCCUGACCAGCACCCACGCGCCCGUGUUCCUGCCGACCAACCUGGAGCAGCAUGAGCCUGGGAGCCCCCUGUCCGCUCGGCUCCAGCCGGUGAUCAUUCUGGAGCCUUCGCUCAGCCACACCCCUCUCGUGACUGUUCCGGGGCUAGGGGCAGUCCCCUUGCACUUCAGCCAGCUGCUUCCCCCGGAGCGGCUGCCGAUGCCCACACCCCACAAGCCCUUGGGGCGGACGCGCUCCGAGCCCCUGCCCUCCAGCCCCAGGUCUCUGCAGCAGCAGCUGGCCUACCAGCAGCACCACACCCUCUUCCUCGAGCGGCUGAAGCAGCAGACGCAGUUGGGCAAGCGCAUGGCCAAGUCCAGCGAGAAACCGCGGCUGCAGCAGAUCCCUUCUUCGGAAGACAUGGAAUCCGAAGCAGGGGGCGAUCCGGGGGACCUGCCCCAGGGCCAGGCGGAGGCUUCGCCACCAGGCGGCGCCAAAGAGGCCGAAAGGAGUUCCCGGAUGGGUCAGGCCCAGGAGGAGCACGUCCUUCAGCAGACGCAGUACCUGUGGGAACAGCAACAGUGCAUGCAGCCGCACCAGCUGCUCCGCAGACAGCCGCCCGCCGACCCGCUGCUGGCCUCGGUCGCCCGUGGAGGGCACCGGCCCCUCUCCAGGGCCAGGUCGUUGCCCACCGCCGCCACAGCGCCCCUGCCGUCCCAGGACACUGCUUCCAAGGCCGUGCCGUUGCAGGUGCAAGAACAGGCCGCCAAGCCACGCUUCACCACCGGGAUCGUGUACGACUCGGUCAUGCUGAAACACCAGUGCUCAUGCGGGGACAACAGCAACCAUCCGGAGCAUGCGGGCCGAAUCCAGAGCAUCUGGUCCCGCCUGCAGGAACGUGGACUGCGCAGCCAAUGUGAGUGUCUCCGGGGCCGCAAGGCCACGUUGGAGGAGCUGCAGUCAGUCCACAGUGAACGCCACGUGCUUCUGUACGGCACCAACCCCCUCAAUCGGCUGAAGCUGGACAACGGGAAGCUGGCAGGAAUCCUCUCCCAGCGGAUGUUUGUGAUGUUGCCCUGUGGCGGAGUUGGGGUGGACAGCGACACCAUCUGGAACGAACUCCACUCCAGCAACGCAGCGCGAUGGGCCGCGGGGAGCGUCACCGAGCUGGCUUUCAAGGUGGCCAGUAGACAGCUCAAGAAUGGCUUCGCUGUCGUCCGACCGCCGGGACACCACGCGGACCCCUCUACAGCCAUGGGCUUCUGCUUCUUCAACUCGGUGGCAAUCGCAGCCAGGCAGCUGCAACAAAAAGGGAAAAUCAGCAAGAUCCUGAUUGUCGACUGGGACGUUCACCACGGCAAUGGGACGCAACAAGUCUUCUAUCGGGACCCGAAUGUCCUCUACGUCUCCUUGCACCGCCAUGACGAUGGCAACUUCUUCCCCGGAAGUGGAGCAGCCGACGAGGUGGGCUCUGGUGCUGGCGAGGGCUUCACCGUCAACGUGGCUUGGACAGGGGGUCUCGACCCACCCAUGGGCGAUCCCGAGUAUUUGGCUGCUUUCCGGACGGUCGUGAUGCCCAUCGCCCAUGAGUUCUCGCCGGACGUGGUGCUGGUAUCCGCGGGCUUUGAUGCCGCUGAAGGACACCCUCCCCCACUAGGAGGGUACAAAGUUUCUGCUAAAUGUUUUGGCUACAUGACCAGGCAGCUGAUGACCGUGGCCGGAGGAGCUCUUGUUCUCGCCUUGGAGGGUGGUCACGACUUGACGGCCAUCUGUGAUGCUUCAGAAGUCUGCGUUUCUGCCUUGCUGGGCAAUGAGCUGGAACCCCUCCCGGAGGAGACCCUGCAGCAGAAACCCAACGCCAACGCCGUGCGCUCUUUGGAGAACGUCAUCCAGGUGCAAAGCCAGUACUGGACCUCCGUGCGGCGUUUUGCCCACACCGUGGGCUACUCGUUCCUAGAAGCGCAGCAUCGCGACACGGAGGAGGUGGAGACCGUGACGGCGCUGGCCUCGCUUUCUGUGAUGACGGAGAAACGGCAACAGGACGAGCCAAUGGAAGAAGAGGAACUCAUGACCCAGUGAUGCCGCAGUCCAUCCUCUGUCAGCUUCCAACAAGACUCGUGA